AUGGCCUGGGGAAAAGAAAGAGGGACCCUCAGGAAGGUGCCGCCACCUCACUCGGGGACGCUUCGAGACCCGCAGCUGAGGGGGAACUGCCGCGGAACGGCCAGAGCUCUGCGCACCCCGAGGCGGAGCAGGAGCGGGGACUGGGGCAAGGAAGAGCCCGAGCACCGCCUGCGGUGCUACCGCACAGCCGGGGUCCGGGUUUGUUUGGAAGAUAUUGCCAGGGCUGAAAGUCAUGGCUAUCCAGACAGGCUGCUGCCCAAGGUCUUGCUGCGGAAGGCUGAGUGUCUGCUGUGUUUGGGGAGGUUACAGGAUGCAGCAGAUGCCCUCAGGGUGGCGGAGAAUAAAAUUGCUGUGGAUGGGAUCGUGGCUAGUCCUGCACACCAGGCACUGCUAAAAAAGUUGAGUCAACUGAAGAUUAAAAUGCAUGAGAAAGAGAGCUGUCCAGAGCCUGCACAAGAAGCAUGUGGUGACAUCCAAAGAAAGUCAGAGAUCUGGGAAGAGAAUGACAGUAUUUCAGGCGCAUCUUCAUCCUUGAGCUUGAAUUUUGAUAGAGAGAGGGGACGUCACUUGGUGGCCUCCCAGGACAUCCUGCCAGGACAGAGCCUGUUGAAAGAGGAGGCCUUUGUAAGCGUGCUCUGCCCGGGGGAGAGCCGCCUUCUGCAGGACAGCAGUGAAGCAGCGUGGGAUACUCACGUCACCAAUGCAGAUCUUUAUUGCCAUCGUUGUCUGAGGCAGCUCUUAGCCUCAGUGCCUUGCCGUGGGUGCAGCUACACAAAGUACUGCAGCCAGAACUGUGCAGACGUGGCGUGGGAGCAGUACCACAGGACGGAGUGCUCCCUGGGAGCGCUGCUUCUCACAUUAGGGGUCUUCUGCCACGUUGCCUUGAGGACUGUUCUGCUGGCGGGAUUUGCAGAGGUUAGCAGGCUGGUGGAAUGGUCCCACGGUGGUGACGAGGACCUUCGUAACCCUGAGGCAAGAUGCAGACAUCUCAGCGAGGCACCAGGUACCAGAGCUGGUACCAGAGGUAUCCCUGGUUGUAACGACAGUGGUCAGUACCAGAGUUCUUACCAAGCUGUCUUCAACCUUUUGCCACAUACUGAGAAGCAUAGCCCUGAACAUAAGUUCCUUUGCCUGCUGAGUGUAGUGGCUAUAUGCCAACAACUGCAAGAAGAUGGGCUGGAGGCUGCUGUUUUGAAUCAGGAAUCAUCUGAGAAGGGGGCCAAACCAAAGACAUCGGGUGAAUUGUCUCCAGAGCUGAAGACUGUGGCAGAAGCAAUGCUGAGGCAUGUGUUGCAGCUGCAAUGUAAUGCGCAAGCGAUCACUGUAAUGCAGGAAUCGGAUGGUGCUGUUGUAAAUAAGAAGUCUGUGCGCCUGGCGACAGCCUUCUUUCCUGUCCUCAGCCUUCUGAACCAUUCGUGCUGUCCCAAUAUCAGCGUGUCAUUUAGCGGGACAGCUGCCACUGUCAGGGCAUCGCAGCCAAUCCCAAGUGGCCAAGAGAUUUUCCAUUGCUAUGGGCCUCACCGAUGUAGAAUGAGGGUUGCUGAGAGACAACAGCUUCUCAGUCAGUAUUUCUUUGAGUGUCGCUGUCAGGCAUGCCUUGAUGAGUUAGAGUCUGAUGUCAAGAGUGUGGUGUCCGUGAGAAACUCAUUCUGCUGUCCUAGCUGCCGGGCUCCAAUGCAGGGGGAAGACAUGCUUUGUUGUUCAAAUGGAGCUUGUGCAGUCUCAGUCAGCAGAGAAAGCCUGUCACACCGUUUACGGGACCUUCAGCAACAAAUCAAGAAAGCAUUAGAACUGCUGAGAGCCAGGAAGGCUGAUCAGGCUAUCAAAAUACUCCUGAAGUGUCAGAUGGAUGCUGGAAACUUCUUGUCUCCAGAGCAUUUGCUGAUGGGAGAGAUGGAGGAUCAUCUGGCACAGGUCUAUGCUACUCUUGGGAAGUGGCAGGAAGCAGCCAGACACCUGGAGAGGAGUAUUGAGAUUGUGGAAAUGCAUCACGGGCCAUCAAGUGUAGAAAUAGGUCAUGAACUUUUCAAGCUGGCACAAAUUCUCUUCAACGGAUUUGCAGUUUCUGAAGCUCUGAGCACGAUUCAAAGAGCAGAGGAGAUUUUGUCCGUGCACUGUGGUCCUCAGAGUGCUCAGAUCCAGGAACUACAGGAGAUGAAGACCUGUCUGUUAGAGCUUCCCAGAAGCAUCCUUCAGAGGACUUAAUUUCCCUGUCAAAGGAAGCCGCAAUGUGAUCUUUCAUCAAAGCUAAGUUUCAUGUGGUAAGGUAGUCAUGUGGUACAAGCUGGAAAAUCAUAUGUAACAACAACUUGAAUGAAAUCUGAAAUGCUUUUUAGUGAGACUGUUGUAAAUAAAAUGACCAGUUCUACCGUGA